GUUGGUCUGGAGGUAAUCAGCUUGAACUCGGUGUUUUGUGCGCUUCGUGAACUCUGUCUAGUAAUGGAGCCUGAUUUGCAGACAUGUCCCAGUUGCAAAACAAGCAAAUACAACAACCCACAAUUACGCUUGAUGGUUAACGUGUGUGGACACUCACUAUGUGAAAAUUGUGUUGAAGUUCUAUUUGUGAGGGGAUCCGGUCUUUGUGUUCAAUGCAAGACACCAAUCCGGAAGACAAAUUUCCGUUACCAACUCUUUGAAGAUCCAACAGUGCAGAAGGAAGUGGAUAUCCGGAAAAAGGUUCUGGCUGAAUUCAACAAACGCGAAGAAGAUUUCGAAAAUGUUGAAGAUUACGACAGUUAUUUGGAAACCAUUGAAGACAUAAUUUACAAUCUUUCCAACGAUGUGGAUGUCGACAAAACGAAGAAAUUUAUCGAGCAAUAUAAAAAGGACAACAAAGACAUUAUCAAGCGCAAUCGUAAAAAGCAGUCGAACUGUGCCGAGUUCUACGAGCGCGAGUUGGAGCAGGAGCGUAUUCUCCGCGAGCGUCGGGCUGAGGUUCAGGCUGCAGAUGAGGUGGCUGAUCUUCAGCGUCGUAAACGUCUUCACGCUGGAAGAACUCUUCAGGGCUUCCUCUGCGGCGCAGCCGCUGUUCCUCUCCCUGAAGAGCCCCAACCCAAGAUCGAAUUGCACUCUAACCCUCCAACAUCUGAGCAUCCUAUUCCCUCCACUGUCCCACCUUCCGCGGUGCUCGAAUCGAAGCAUCGAUUUUUGCCUCCACCUUCUGUUGCUCUCUUCCAGCGCUCUGUACCCCUUUCCGCCGCAUCUAGGUGGUCAGGUGUUCCCCUUACUCCUGCUUCUUCAAUGGUCGACAUCUCUCAACUCCUCCCUCCUCCUCCUCUGGCAGCUUCGUCCUGGGCCACGUCAGUUGAACACCAUAGUGUAGUCAUUCCCACCUCCAUCACUCGAAGCGGGGGGCAAACUGAUACAGUGGUUCUCUCUCGUCCUCACGGUGUUAAGUCGUCCUCCUCGUUUUCAUCUUCUGUAAAGGCGACCACGGGAGCGACUCGGAACUUGGAUGAGUGGUUGCAACCUUAUCGUCCCGAACUAUGUGGUCCACAUCCACCAUCACCGUCCAAUGGCCCUCAAUGGGGGGCUUUGGAGGCGGUGUACUUGGAAGCUGUGAUAGAGCCUACGACUAAGGAUGUGGAUGCAGCUGCCGAUGCUGAGAGAGGGGACCUAUUCCGAGAAUCUGAUAAUGCUGAUGAAGGGGUUGCCGGCGGAUCUGCUGGGGUAGAAGACGGACAUACGAGACGAGGUUUAUCUCACGCUUUGCCGCGGGGCGCGUGUGGCAUCCCGCCAAGUUGCUACCUGACGCGUGCUCUCCAAGAAAGUCGUUGCGGUCUAUUUAUAUGA